UAUUUCUGGCGAUAACCUGUGCGGCAAUAAACUUCAUCCAGCCACCAGAGUGUGCAUGUGAGAGGACUGCAAAUCUCCUCAGCCAAACCAGAAUCAGCCGGUACCGCAGGAAUGAAAGAGCGUGGCGAUUUGAAGUCGCGGGGAAUGGCAGCCAGACGGAGCAGGGGGCGAGCCGCCGGGGGAGCAGCAGCAGCCCCCAGCCCGGCCGCGGGCUGCAGCAGCAAAUAAACAGCCCGGCGGGGGCGGAGGGGCCCAGCGCCAUGCGGGCCGGGGCCCGGCGGGUUUCUCUAGGAUUUCACAAUUGCUACAAGCCUCUUGGGCUUCUCUGCCUUCCGUGAUCCUGUGUUCUUGGCAGUGCUGUGGUGUGGGAAGAAGGCUGAGGGCAGCUUUAUUCACUAGAACACAAAGACACAUAAUCUUACUGGGACAGCAGAAGGUGAUACAGAGAAGGAAUAUACAGAGAGAGACCAGUCUGUUUCUGUGACCACAGUCAACCCAUGAAGAGUGAGUGCUCUCAGCCACAUACAAAAUACUGUGGAGAAAAUGUAUGCUAGUCGAGAAGAUAUUGGAUACGAUUUUGGAGAUGACUCAAAAGUUGGAAGUAAGCCAAUUAAGCCUAAUCCAAACAUCGAUGGAGGAUGGGCUUGGAUGAUUGUACUUUCCUCUUUCCUUGUGCACAUACUUAUUAUGGGGUCCCAAAUGGCCCUUGGAAUACUCAACAUGGAGUGGCUUGAAGAGUUUAAUCAAAGCCGUGGCUUAACAGCAUGGGUUAGCUCCCUUAGCAUGGGCAUUACACUUAUUGUAGGGCCUUUUAUUGGUUUAUUCAUUACCAUGUGUGGGUGCCGCAAGACAGCAAUAAUUGGAGGGAUAUUGAAUGCCCUAGGCUGGAUAUUGAGUGCCUAUGCCUCAAAUGUGCACUACCUCUUCCUUACAUUUGGAGUGACAGCUGGUGUUGGUAGUGGCAUGGUUUAUCUGCCUGCGGUGGUCAUGGUAGGACAGUAUUUUCAGAAGAGAAGAGCACUUGCACAAGGACUGAGUACCACAGGAACAGGGUUUGGAGCUUUUUUAAUGACAGCCUUACUGAAGUAUCUCUGCAGGGAAUUUGGGUGGAGGAAUGCCAUGUUCAUUCAAGGUGCAAUCUCCCUCAACCUUUGUGUCUGUGGGGCACUUAUGAGACCACUAUCCCACAAAGAUGUUAAUGAAAAAUAUGUUGUGAGACGUAAUAGUGAAAAUAAUCAGGCAAAAGCUCUGUCCCAUUCUGCAGAGACUUUAAAAUCUAAUGGAGUCAUCAGUGAAGAAACAGACAAAAAAGAAGAGGCAACAAAUGAAGAAGUGCUUGACAGUGUUAAGCACGUAGAAACUGAAGGCAAAUCUAGAAGUGGAAAGAGUAUGUAUGGACUGCUUGUUCUUAAGACAGCAAGCCAGCUGACGGUUACGGUCAGGAAGGGCUUUGGAAUCUGGUACUCCAGUUACUUUGGAGCUGCAUCGUUGUUUACCAACAGAGUAUUUGUGGCCUUUGUAAUUUGGGCUUUGUUUGCCUAUAGCAGCUUUGUCAUUCCCUUUAUUCAUCUUCCAGAGAUAGUCAAGCAGUACAAUUUAUCUAGUCAGAACAAUAUAUUUCCAUUGACAUCCAUUAUUGCCAUUGUGCAUAUUUUUGGUAAAGUGAUCCUUGGAAUCAUCUCUGAUCUCCCUUGCAUCAGCACUUGGAAUGUCUUCCUCAUGGCUAACGUCACCCUGGUCACCUGCAUUCUUACUUUGCCACUAAUGCAAACAUACAUUAGUCUGGCUGUGAUUUGUGCUCUAAUAGGAUUUUCUAGUGGCUAUUUUUCCCUAAUGCCUGUUGUGACUGAAGAUUUAGUUGGAACUAAACACCUUGCAAAUGCCUAUGGCAUCAUCAUCUGUGCCAAUGGAGUAUCUGCAUUGCUUGGACCACCCUUUGCAGGUUGGAUCUAUGACAUCACACAUAAAUAUGAUUUUUCUUUUUAUAUAUGUGGCUUGCUGUACCUGGUGGGAAUAUUAUUUUUAUUUAUUCAACCUUAUAUUGGAAAGAAGCAACCACAAGAAAAGUCUACUGAAGAGGAACAAGUAUAGAACAAAUUUCAGACUUUUUAUAGAAUUUAUUUCUUUCCAUGUUUCUACUGUACGGCAGUAUAAAGCUGAAACCAACCACAUUGAAUUGUACUUAAGUGAAAAGCAAAUGUGCUCCAAAAUGCUAAUAAAUUAUUAGAAAUACGCUUUUAAAAUGACUUAAGAUCUUUUACUUCAGAACUAACAAAUAUAGAGAAUAAAAGCACACUGAUAGUCUUCUAAAAUUGGAUCAGUGCUGGAAUUAAACUUUAAUUUAACCUUAAUUCUUUUAACUUUUCACUGCUAACCAUUGGUGAAACUCCACUGACUGCAGUGCAGUUACUCCUGAUUUACACUAGUCCUACAAUCAAAUUUGAUCAGGAUACAAAUGAUUUAUAAAAAUCCUUCCUAUUAUGUAUUCUAUCUGAUAAAAGAUUAGUUAGUAAAUAUGAGAAAAUGACUGUAUUUCUUACCUGGCUAGUGCUGCUGAAUUGCUAGCAUAAUACUUCAAUUAAUUCAAUGUAUUAAAAUUUGCAAAGCUGAAGAAAAGUUCAGAUUUUUCUGAAAAUGUUCUCUACUUCAAGUACUUCAAGGUUUUUUAUUUUUAGUUUUUUUUUUUUAUUUUUAUUUUUUAAUUUCUAUUUUUAUAUAUCAACUGCAUGGUAAAGUAGCCAUCCUCAAUACAUGGACUGCAUUAUAAAUGCUCUGACACUUAAUGCACCUGAAGUAAAACAAACAUAAAAGCAAAUCCUGAGAUCUGAUGGAAAAUACUAAUUUGAUUCUUCAACAGAAAUGAUAAGCAGCAACAUUUCUGAUGAUCUGUUCCACUAGUUGCACAUGCAUGAGUUGCCACAUUCAGAUAGAGCAAUUUCUAAUUUCAGAUUCAACAACUUCAAUAGUUACUCACAGUUUAUAUUGAUGUAACUGAGCACAGAAUUUGUAUCUGUGUAUAUACAGUCUUCUAGUUUUGCUUAUGAGAUUUAGCUAUGUUACUAUGAACCACAUCUGAUCUAAAUUGCCAUAGUUGUAUUAACUGACCUAGAGCUGCUGCUGAUCAUACCUAUGUCAGGUACAGAGACACCUGAGAUGAGAACAAAUACGUUCUGUAUUUUUACAGGCAUGCUUUGGAAAGAUAAACUUUGUCUGACUCGUUUGCAGUGUUUUAGGAUACAGAAAUAAUUUACUUAAAUGCACAAUGGCUCCUUUAUCAUAAAAAAUCUGAAAUUUAAGAGAGAAAAUCUUUUGUUAUGGUAUACCCAGGUUCUUAAGCCUGCCUUAUGGUUUGAUACCUUACAGUGGAAGCAUCCCACCAUGAUUCCAAAGACUGGAGGAUAUUUCCAGAAGCAGUUUGAAGUUUCUGUCUGCUUUCUGGAUGGGACAGGUGAAAGUAUUAAAGAAACAGAGCUGGGCAAAAUGGCAAAAUGAGCCAAAUAUAGUUUUAGAAAGAACUGGACUACAGCAUGUUAAGUUUUGUUACAAUUAAUUUUAGAACAAAAAUAUUGAAUUAUGAUCACUUGUGUUGCUGUAUACAAGCACACCACAAACUAUCUAAGACUGGUCAUGUUUUAGAUGAUUAUUCACUAGAAAAUCAGAUGUUGCAAAGCACGGAAGAACUAAGACAAUGUAAAAUAUUUAAAUAAAAGUUCUUAAACAACGUUAAGCAUCUGGUAAUUAAUGCGGAAUAUUUUGUGUGAUGCUACAAGACAUCAUACACCUCAGCUUUGAGAGGUGAGGCUGAUAUUAAUUUUCCUAUAUCAAGUGUUUGUUUGUUUUCUUCCUGCUAGCUGUAUGAAUAUUUUUUCAUGACUAAUCAAGUACUUGGUUUAACACUAAUACAUGCUGCUAGAAUUUAAAAACAAUUGGUAUUAUUCACUUAUAAUGAAGAAAUAUUGGCACGCAGUUCAGUGUGAAAUAUUAUCACUAUACAGACAUUCUCUGUAGCUGCAAGGUUGAUUAAAAAAAAGUUCUGAACCUCAAA